AACCAUUAAUUCUUGAAAUACAACCCACACAUUUCACUUUUUUGCUUGAACACAAUACGCACACGAUCAUGUCCAUCAACGAACAAGCUCUCGGCAAGCUCGUCCACGAUCUUCAGUCAAAAUUGCAGGAAGCCACUCGGAUGGUGGCCUCUGUCCAGGCACAGAUCCAGGCUAGGGAAAGAGAAAAGAAGCUUUCUGAGCUCACAAACAAGGAGCUUUCAUCACUUCAAGCCGAUACUGUCACUUACAAGUCAGUUGGUAAAAUGUUCGUUCAAGAACCAUUGAAUGAUUUGACAAAGGAAUUAUCGGAACGUGCUAAAGAUAUGACUAAGGAACUCGAAGCAUUGGACAAGAAGCGGAUCUAUUGGGAGCGAAACAAGACAGAAGCUCAAGGCAAUCUGCAAGAAUUGAUCCGACAGAUUCAACAAGCUCAAGGAGCAUAAAAUUUUCUCACUCUUUAGAGUAAUAGAGUAAAAAUCGAACGAAGGAAG